CUCGUUAAGAACGUGCCUACGGGGUGUUGGACCGUCCACACCAGGCGGUGACUGGUUGCAGAGAGGCGGGGCGACUCGACCGCUGGAGAAGUAGCCGCAGCUGUGAGGAGAGCCAUGAGUCAGGCGGCCAAGGUUUUACAGCUCUUUAAAACACUGCACAGGACCAGACAACAAGUUUUUAAAAAUGAUGCUAGGGCAUUAGAAGCAGCCAGAAUAAAGAUAAAUGAAGAAUUCAAAUGUAAUAAAAGUGAAACUUCUCCUAAGAAAAUAGAAGAGCUAAUAAAAAUAGGUUCUGAUGUUGAGCUGAUACUCAGAACAUCUGUUAUACAAGGUAUUCACACAGACCACAAUACGCUGAAGCACAGGCUCCGGACUCGCAGCCUCAGCGGCCAUGGCUCACGGGCCCAGCCGCUCCGUGGCAUGCGGGAUCCUCCCGGACCGGGGCACGAACCCGUGUCCCCUGCAUCGGCAGGCGGACUCUCAACCACUGCACCACCAGGGAAGCCCGACCUUGUUCUUUUUGAAGAAUAUAGAAUUGGUCCCUAGGAAAGACCUUCUUAUAGAAAAUGUGCCAUAUUGUGAUGCACCAACUCAGAAGCAAUGAAUUUUUCUCGAAUAAAAUUAAGUCUUUAUCAUUUUUAAUUUUAAAGUAUAUAACUCUGGCUAAACUCCUGGAAAUGCAAAUAUUUUUCUCUGAAAUGGCAUAUUGAAAUUGAGUGCAUUAAAUUAUAGUUUCAUAAUUAA